AUGGCCAAGAAGACAGGAAUCAGAGGUCCUAUCAAACAGAUCGACGCCUCUUUGCACGAACCAAUUAACAAAGAUGCGCCUCCAACUAUCUACGGGACACACUUGACUCCAGAAUUGGCGAACGCAUCUCUCAACUUGAGCGUGGAUUUCUUGAAACAGCAGCAGUCGUUGGCAAAUAGAGCUGUCAUAUGGCAUCCCAAAACGCUGGGAUUUUCGCUAUUCUGUACUUUGAUUUAUCUUGCUCCCAAUGCUGUGUUGCCCAAGAAUACCAGAAGUGCUAGCGGGUUUAUAGUCCAGUUUGUGCUGAUGAACCAAACCGUACUGCUGACAGCAGGUAUAGUUUUGUUGAUGACUACGUCUUUCGCAUUCACCCUGCUAUCAAAAUUAACGGAAAGUUUGUUCCAGGCUAAAGUGGACGCUGUGGUUAAAUCCGAAGGAGAAUUGGUGUUUGGCUGUAAGCUUGAACAACUGGCUAAUAGCAUCAUCAAGCCGACUGAAAAGCUAAAAAACACCCAAAUCAUCGUGUACAGAGAUACCCCGAUCGCUCUGGCUAGUGUAUCGGAGAAUGAGGCCGUGUCCAAUGCAGACUCGUUGGUAAUGGGUGUUUCAGCUAUCGGGACUCGUAGGGUUUACGUCAAGAGUGGUAUUAUCGAGGAUUUGCUUGACUGGGCCUUACUUCGUACGAAAAAUAUCCAGACAGGUAGCCAAAAAUUCAAGUCUGACAGGUCCAUGAAACUGCUUGUGGAUGUAUACUCCUUUGACCAUGCUUUGAAGGACACACUAGCCAAGAAGGGCUUCAGUCUAAUCAAGAGUCAUAAACUCCCGGAGUCAAGACUGUUGAGCGGAAUUUUUGGCGUUAGACAGGAGUUGUGGGGUGUCCAGUUCCGUUACGACUCCAAAAAGAGAAAUGAGAGAAAGAGAGAGAGGGUUUCCCGCCCUUUCUGCAAACAAACAAAAUUGGAAAAUACAAGACCUAGCCUGUUUUUAGUUGAAAAUAGUUCCUGUAUAUAG